AUGGAAAUCCUGCGGGUGUUAAUGUUUCGUCUCGCCGCAGUGUUCCUGUGCGCACAAUAUUGUCAUGGGAAGACUGUGACCCUAGACUUCAAUGCCACUUGGGUCAAUGCAAACCCAGAUGGACUUCAUGAACGAAAAGUUGUCGGCAUUAACGGCCAGUGGCCUCUGCCUGUCAUCGAGGUAGAUAAAGGCGAUCGCUUGAUUGUCAACAUGUUCAAUGGGCUCGGCGACAAACAUACUUCAAUCCAUUGGCACGGGAUGUUCCAAAAUGGCACCAACAAUAUGGACGGACCUUCAAUGGUGACCCAAUGCCCCAUUGCUCCCGGUUCCUCCAUGACCUAUAACUUCACCGUUCCCCAGAACGGCACCUACUGGUAUCAUUGCCAUACGGAUGCAUGUUACCCGGAUGGUUAUCGACAGGCUCUGAUUGUGCACGAUAACCAAUCAUACUUCAACGAUAUGUAUGAUCAUGAUCUUACUAUCACAUUGAGUGAUUGGUAUCAUGAGUUGAUCGAGGAUAUUCCAUUUAUUCGUGUCGAAAACCCUACUGGUGCCGAACCCGUUCCAAACUCUUUCCUCUUCAAUGACACCUUGAAUACCAAUAUCGCUGUCGAAGCUGGAAAGACCUACUUAAUGCGAUUGAUUAAUAUCGGAGCUUUCGUGGCCCAGUAUUUUUAUAUCGAAGAUCAUACAUUCCGCAUUGUUGAGAUUGAUGGAGUAUAUGUGGAUGAGCAGGAGGCCGAUACUCUUUACAUUGCUGCAGCCCAAAGAUACUCCAUUUUGGUUACGAUGAAGAAUUCAACCACACAAAAUUACCCCAUCGUGACUGUGGCAGACUCGGUCUUGCUGGAUGUGAUUGACCCAUCUCUCCAACUCAAUCAAACAAACUGGCUUGAAUACAACAGCAGCGCGGCACAUCCACAGGCUGUGAUGAAGGUGGAUGUGGCUUCAGACCUUGUCCCAUAUGAUGAUUUAAAACUGGUUCCUCAUGACCGAAUGCCUCUUCUUCCGGAUCCCGAUAUGACCAUUGAGGUUGAUGUUAUAAUGGACAAUCUUGCGAACGGUGCAGGCUACGCCUUCUUCAAUAAUAUUUCAUAUACAAAGCCCAAGGUACCUACGCUGUACUCCGUUCUUUCUUCUGGGAACUACUCGACCAAUUCCGAGAUUUAUGGAGAGUUCACCCAUCCAUUUGUUCUGGAGCAUAAUCAGGUCAUUGAAGUUAUCCUCAACAACCAAGAUACCGGCUCUCAUCCAUUCCAUCUGCAUGGCCAUAAUUUCCAAAUGGUCAGCCGAACUCCCUCAUACGGACCCAAUUUCUACGAUUUCGCCGAUGGUGACCCGGUCGCGUACAAUGCGACUGAGAAUCCUUCUAGCAGCUUCCCGGCCUAUCCUGCAAGACGAGAUACCUUUGUUGCACCACCGCAGGGUAACUUUGUCGUCCGAUUCGUCGCCGACAACCCCGGUGUUUGGCUCUUCCAUUGCCACAUUGACUGGCAUCUGAUGCAGGGUCUCGCAAUGUCAUUCGUCGAAGCUCCGAAGCAAAUUCAGGAGCAAAUGUCGCUGACAGACAGUCAAGUCAACGUUUGCAAAGCUGCCGACGUCGCCUAUGAGGGCAAUGCAGCAGGUAAUACUGAUGAUCUACUCGAUCUCACUGGGCAGAAUAGACAGCUGCCGUGGUUACCUGCUGGAUUCACGACAAAGGGUAUCGUUGCGAUGGUGUUUUCGUGUGUUUCUGCAUUCUUGGGAAUGGCAUUUAUCACUGUUUACGGCAUAUCCGGUAUUCAAUCCAAAAAGGAGGAAACAUCCCAGGCCACCGAGGGCAAUGAGUCAUGA